UUAACAUUUUGGUGCACUUAUUUUGUUUUUUUCUUACAGCUAAAGUUUAUUAAAAUGAAUUUUUAAAAAUAUAACAUUUAAUUGAGUCCAACACCUCCAUUAAGCAUUCCUCUAUGACAAUACUUUUCUCAUUAUACUGUCAUUACUUGCUUAUACUUCUUUAAUACUCCUAGACUAGAUUGUAAAAGUUGUGAGGAUGGGAAAGGUAUGUUAUUCAUACAGUUACCUAAUUUUGGCACAGGAACCCAAAACUGAGAUUCAAGUUCUGGUACACUGACUUUGCAAGGCCCAAGAAUCCAGGUGUUUGUCUUUUAAUCUCUACCACCAGCACCUGGCCCAGAAUCUGGCAGGUGGUGUAAAUUCAGUCAAUAUUGGUGGCUUGAAUAAAGGAAUGAAUGAACGGAUGGAUGGAUGGAUGGAUGGAUGGAUGGAUGGAUGGAUGGAUGGAUGGAUGGAUGGGUGAAUAUGAGUUUUUCUUUAUUCUUCUUUACCCAAAAUUCAUUAACUCACCGUCAAGUGCCAGGUCUGGCUAGGCAACAGAAAUAUAACUAGCCAUAUUUGAUACGAAACCCACCCCCUCAGAGGCAUCCUUGUGAAGGUAUUGACCUCCUCUGAUGUGGGAUAGGGUUCCUAUGAGUACAGAGCCCAAUCAGCCCCCUUUGGCUGGUCCUCAUGGCUUGUCUUGGAGGGGACCCAAGCCCCUCCAGGCUCUCUUUGACAAAAGACAGAGCAAAGACCGCUAUUCCAUGGAGUAUAUUCCUGUACUCCUCAAAGUGCUCCAGAAAUCCCUAGCCUUGGGCCUGUCUUACCCAGAGCGCUCCUCAAUUCCCUCCGCGAUUCCAACUUGUCCCUGGUCAGUGGUGGGCGUGCUGUGGAGAGGGUACCUCAAUGGAGAAAGACUACAGAAGAGAGGGGCGCCACUGCUCCCUCAGAUGAGAGCAGCCCUUGACAAACCUUCCACCACUCCAGCCAGCUGGCACAACUGGAAAUCCCAGAUAAGCCCCAGUUCUGGUCAGAACUGGUUUGGCAGCUCUAGGGGAAAUUUUCUGUCUGACUGACCCUUCCCACAGCGGGAGCUGGCCGUUUUGCAAAACAAAACAAACAAACAAAAAGAAAGAAAGCAAAGAAAAGGCGGGGCCAAACUAAGGUGCUGGGAAAGGCGCGGGGUGGCGGGGGGGGGGGGGGGGGGCGUACGAGGCGGGGGAUGCGGGUAGGAUGGCUAAAUUUAAAACACUCCAAACUUCUGCUGGCUUCUAAGUUUACACUUUGAGAUUCAAACAAGAUUGCCCCCACCCCUAUCCCGCAUUCAUUCUCUCAUACACUUCUCUCCUUGGCAAUGCAGUUUUGUUGCAAUGCAAUUUGGCAGCGCGAUUGUUGAAGCAAUAUAAUCCUGCCCGCAGCGCACCUUUUAAUCAAUACAUUUUUUUCCUGCAAUGCUCUUGUUAUUAUUUUUAUUGCAACUGAAUCUCUGAGCCCUUUUCCCUCCCCAUUCGAAUCGCGCUCCGGCUGUGAUUGCUCGGGUCUGACUUUGCAAGUGGCAGUGCGCUUCCAAACCCCCCUCAUCCGCCCCUCGUCCCCCUUUCCCCCCUCCCUCCUUUUUCCGCGCCCAGGCGAGAGCAGCCGAUUGGCAGAACGGUGCUUUCAGGAACAAUAACAGUGGGGGGAGCCUGGGUCCUGGGGAGCCGCCCCCGCCCCCCCAACACCGCAGCGAGGCUCGCGCCCCCCGCCGGAUCCCCACCUCCGCGCCCGCCCCGCGGGCUGAGCGGCCCGACCGGGGCCCGCCCCCGGCGCCCACCAUGUACGCCUUUGUGCGGUUCCUGGAGGACAACGUCUGCUACGCGCUGCCCGUGUCGUGCGUGCGCGACUUCAGCCCCCGCUCGCGGCUGGAUUUUGACAACCAGAAGGUGUACGCCGUGUACCGGGGCCCGGAGGAACUGGGCGCCGGGCCCGAGAGCCCCCCGCGCGCCCCCCGCGACUGGGGCGCGCUGUUGCUCCACAAGGCCCAGAUCCUGGCGCUGGCAGAAGACAAAUCUGACCUUGAAAACAGUGUGAUGCAGAAGAAAAUAAAAAUCCCCAAGCUUUCUCUUAAUCAUGUAGAAGAAGAUGGAGAGGUUAAAGAUUAUGGGGAAGAAGAUUUACAGCUUAGACACAUCAAGAGACCUGAGGGGCGGAAGCCGAGCGAAGUGGCGCACAAGAGCAUCGAGGCCGUGGUGGCUCGGCUAGAGAAGCAGAACGGCCUGAGCCUGGGCCAUAGCACGUGUCCGGAAGAGGUCUUCGUGGAGGCCUCGCCAGGCACAGAGGACAUGGACAGUCUAGAAGAUGCUGUGGUGCCCCGGGCUCUGUAUGAGGAGCUGCUGCGCAAUUACCAGCAGCAGCAGGAAGAGAUGCGCCACCUCCAGCAGGAGCUGGAGCGGACUCGCAGGCAGCUGGUACAACAGGCCAAGAAGCUCAAGGAGUACGGGGCACUUGUGUCUGAAAUGAAGGAGCUCCGUGACCUCAACCGGAGGCUCCAGGACGUGCUGCUCCUGCGGCUUGGCAGCGGUGAGUGCCCCAGCAGGCCACCUACCACUCCACAUGGGUGGUAUGCUUCAUCCAGAUCCUCUUCUGGGAGGGGAAAGGGGAGAGGGAGACCAA